AUGCAAAUACGUGUAUUUAAUUAUAACACACAUGAAAAGGUUACAACUUUUGAAGCUCAUCCUGAUUAUAUUCGUUGUAUUGCUAUACAUCCUACGCAACCUUUUUUUUUGAGUGGUUCUGAUGACAUGACUGUAAAAUUAUGGGAUUGGGAGAAAGGAUGGAAAUGUAUUCAGGUAUUUGAAGGUCAUACACACUAUGUUAUGAAUAUCAAUUUUAAUCCGAAGGAUUCGAAUACGUUUGCAUCGGCUUGUUUGGAUCGUACGAUUAAGGUUUGGUCACUUGGAUCAGCUGUUGCAAAUUUUACACUUGAAGGUCAUGAAAAAGGAGUAAAUUGGGUAGAAUAUUAUCAUGGUGGAGAAAAACCAUAUCUUGUUUCAGCAGCCGAUGAUAAACUUGUAAAAAUCUGGGACUAUCAAAAUAAAACAUGUGUGCAGACUUUAGAAGGGCAUACUCAGAAUGCUGCAUUUGCAUGUUUUCAUCCUGAACUGCCAAUUAUUAUUUCUGGUAGUGAAGAUGGUACUAUAAAGAUUUGGCAUUCUAAUACUUAUCGUUUAGAAAAUACCCUCAAUUAUGGUUUAGAGCGUGCCUGGACUGUAGCUUAUCAGAAAGGUAACAAUAAUGUUGCAUUUGGGUACGAUGAAGGCGCAGUCUGUGUUAAGUUAGGGCGUGAAGAGCCGGCAGUGAGUAUGGAUAAUUCUGGGAAAAUAAUUUGGGCCAAACAUAAUGAAAUUCAAACAGCUAAUAUAAAGGCUGGUCAUGAUGAAAGUAUCAAAGAUGGUGACCGCCUUCCUUUACCCAUUAAGGAUUUGGGCAGUUGUGAAGUGUAUCCUCAAAACUUGCAACAUAGUCCGAAUGGGAGAUUUGUGGUUGUUUGUGGAGACGGCGAAUACAUUAUUUAUACUGCACUGGCUUGGAGAAACAAAGGUUUUGGUAAUGGACUUGAGUUUGUAUGGGCUUUAGAUUCAAACGAAUACGCUGUCAGGGAGUCAGCAACUAAAAUCAAGCUUUACAAAAACUUCAAGGAAAGAAGCAACAUUUUAAAAGUCAAUUUUACUGUUGAAGGGAUUUUUGGUGGCACACUACUAGGUGUAAAGAGUUCUGCUUUUUUAAAUUUAUAUGAUUGGGAAACAGCUUUAGUCGUGAGAAGAAUCGAUGUCAUUCCGAAAAGUGUUCAUUGGUCUGAUAUUGGUGAUCUUGUGACCAUCGCAUGUGAAGAUACUUUUUAUGUCCUACGCUUUAAUCGCCAAGCCUAUGUACAAUUUUUGGAAAGUGGGGGUGAAGUUGGCGAUGAAGGUGUCGAACAGGCUUUUGAAUUUGUGACAGAGGUUCCAGAAAGUAUUAAAACGGGAACAUGGGUCGGCGAUUGUUUUAUUUAUACAAAUACUGUCAAUCGUCUGAAUUAUCUUGUUGGCGCACAGACAUUUACUAUUAGUCAUUUUGAUACAAAUAUGUAUCUACUAGGGUACAUUCCGAAAGAUAAUCGUAUAUACUUGGCAGACAAGGAUGUCAAUGUCUAUAGUUAUGCUCUUUCUUUGACCGUUAUUGAAUAUCAAACCGCAAUUCUUCGAAACGAUCUAGAAACAGCUGAACAAUUGCUUCCUUCGAUCCCCGCAGAUCAAAGGAAUAGAAUUGCAAGAUUUUUAGAGAGUCAAGAAUUAAAAGAGCUUGCUCUUGAAGUAUCAACUGAUAUUGAACACAAGUUUGAGCUUGCAGUUCAACUCAACAAACUAGAUGUUGCUGUUGAAAUUGCCCGUGAAGUUGGUACAGACGCAAAAUGGAAGACAAUUGGUGAUUCAGCUUUAAGUGCUUGGAAGUUCUCUUUGGCCGAGGAAUGCCUCAAAAAAGCCAAGGAUAUGAGCGGCUUAUUGCUUUUAUAUACCGCUUCUGGUAAUUCUCAAGGAAUAAAGGAAUUAGCUGAAAUAGCUGUUUCCGAUGGUAAAAAUAAUGUAGCUCUUGCAUGCUAUCUACAACUUGGUCAAGUUGAGGACUGUAUAGAUCUGUUAAUAAAAACUGACCGUAUUCCGGAAGCGGCGAUGUUUGCCCUUGUAAAACUAUGGCGAGAGUCACUUGAAAAACAAAAUAAAAAGAAAGCAGCGGAGGCAUUAGCAGAUCCAUCAGAUUAUGAAAAUCUAUUUCCGGAUUUUAAACAUGCCCUUAUUGCUGAAGAACUCGCCAAAAAGGCGCGUAACACCGUCGUUCCUGCUACAUCAUAUGCAGAUUAUAAAGACAGUCAUGAACAAGAUAUUUUAGCCGAAAUCAAGGAAAAAUAUCCCGAUGGCAUUUUACCGUCAAAUUUAGCAUCUCCUAGCAGUCGUAUGGUCAACAGCAUAGCACGAAGAAAUGUUAAUGGUGAUGUAGAUGAUGAUGUUCUAUCAUCGGUUGCUUCAGUUGACGAUGACCGUGAUAAUAUGAGUCUUUUAAGCAUGGAAG